AUGGGUACAUCUCUAUGGCUCCAGCCUCCUAGGAACUCGCCAAUUUGGCAGCAGCUUGCCACUACAAUCCAGGGCCUGAAGCCCAUCUUUUCAGACUCGGAAAACUUCGAGCCUCACAUUACACUUACUUCCAACAUUUCCGUCAACACCCAAGGCCAGGUCGACUUUGUGUUAGAUCGAGCAGUUGCCGCAGCCAAAUGCGUGCCCCAGGGCUUCCAGAUUCACCUGUCGUCCGUCAAGUACGGAUCGCGGUUCUUCAAGAAGGUCUAUCUCCAGGUCGAGCCCACUCCAGAGCUCCUUUCACUCGCCCGAAUAUGCCGCGAGGACUUUGUGUACAUGCCCGAGGCCAUGUCACAGGCACGCAACUACCAGGCCAUGUCUGCGGAGGAAAGACAAAAAAUUGACACCCAAGUGGGCCAGCGGGCUGCCGAGUGGACCAGAAACGAGUACGACCCUCAUGUGUCUCUGGUGUACUCUGAUCUGUACCCCGUUGAAGACGCAGACCGGCGAACCAUUGAGACGAGACUGGAGGACACUUUCGGAUCCGGAUACGACGAGAGCGGUCUUGGAUGGAAAAAUGGACGUUUCGCUCUGGUGCGGUGCGAAGGACCUGUGGACGAGUGGGAAGUGCUUGGUGUUCGGGACUUUUAA